CCAAGCAAAUCAGGAUGAAUGCUCAGUGAAGAGGUCAUCUGGAGGAGGCCAGAGAGUGUGUGAGUGGCAAAGUGGGAGAUUAGACUGUGAGAAGUCUGGCCAGCUUUCUGCAGACAUCUUGUUGAAAGUUUGUCCUUGCAGAGGAGGGAGUUGUCCACAAAGUCUCUUUGCAGCUGCUCCAGUAACUUCAGUGGCAUUACAAAGCAACGAGGGGAAGGCACAAAACAGCCAGCACUCUGCAGCUCAAGAGAGAGGAUUCUGACUCCCAGUCAGCUAUGAUAUCCAGAUGGAAUUUCUGUGCUACUUUCUGUGGAGCAUUCCUCUUCAUCCAGGCUUUCCCACACACCAAUAUUAAAAUCAGUCAAGCUUUGCCAGAGCCAAUCCUCUCCUUCUCUUGCCCUCUCUUUUGGUCGGAAUAUGAAGGCUAUUGCUACAGAUACUUCCCCAUCAAUAAAACAUGGGCAGAGGCUGACUUGUAUUGUGCACAGUUUUCCAUCGGCUUGAAGUCAGCCAAGUUAGCUUCCAUUCACAGCUGGGAAGAGAAUGUAUUCGUAUACGAUCUGGUAAACAGCCGAGUGCCUGGAAUACCCACGGAUGUCUGGAUGGGACUUAAUGAUCUAAGACAGGAAAGCAAUUUUGAAUGGACAGAUGGCUCCUCGUAUGACUAUAACUACUGGGAUGGCAAUCAACCAGAUGAUGGGAUCCACUCUAAACCAGAAGAAGAAGACUGUGUGGAGAUCUGGUACAGAUACAGCAGUGCUUUACGAUCUUGGAACGACAAUAGCUGCAGCAGAGAAUUUCCAUUUGUCUGCAAGAUUCCCUCCUUGGCUGCAGAUUAGCACUCUCCCAAAACAAAAGCAGCAACUCAGCUUCUGAACAAUCAAUGUGGAGUGAAACGAAUGUCUAACUUUUCUCUAAGGCAGCCUCCCCGCUGCUGCUCUGGUGCCCUGCACAUGCUCUGGGCUCCAGCUCCCAGCCAGCACGGCUAUCGUAGUCCAAAAGAGCUGGAAGGCAUCAGAUCGGCAGUGGGGUGGAGGGAGGCUGCUCUAAGGCACAAUUCUCUCAUUGCUAAUAAACAUAUUCCUGUAUCUGACUCACU